UUCCGCCAUGUUGUUUUCUCUUCGUCGUAACAGUUUGGCCAGCGGUUCUUGUUGGCUACAUGAAGUACAUCAUGUAAUGCACUAUGUGGAUUUUGCCAAAGUGGCAGCAAUGGAGUCUGCAGAAUUACACGACGACCGUCUUUUUAAAACCAUUUUCAAAGAUUCUUUUCAAGAAACAUGGAAGGAUAGCCCAGACUUCACUUUAUAUCUUGCAGAGUUGAGUGCUUCUAGUGUGGAAAAGUUAAGUCGAGAACCAGAACGACUGGCUGAAGAAAAGGCUCAGAUUUUGGAACAGACUGAACACUUGGCUUUUCAUAACUACAAGACAUUUAUCAAAACAGCAGAAUGUUCCAAGGAGAUUUUCCAUGAUUUUAUGUCAGUGGAGAAGCACGUUGAAUCCUUGCUGGACAAGUUACCAACAUUUUCAGAAACAUGUAGCAAUUUCAUGAAGGCAGCUCAAGAUAUAAACACCAGUCGUCAUUUAAAUUCUCUAACGUUAGCACGUCACACUCAGUUGCUGGAGAUACUGGAAAUCUCACAGCUUAUGGACUCGUGUGUGCGAAAUGGUUACUAUGAAGAAGCUUUGGAACUUUCAUCGUAUGUUCACAGAUUGGAAAAGAAGCUGUCUAAUAUCCCCAUUAUUCAAAACAUUGUAGAAGUUGUCCAGUCAUCAACUAAGCUGAUGCUCUCUCAGCUCUUGCAGCAGCUGCGUUCAGCUAUCCAGCUGCCUGCUUGUUUACGUGUAAUAGGAUACCUCAGGAGACUUGAUCUGUUUUCUGAAUCUGAGCUAAGGAUCAAGUUCCUUCAGGCCCGUGAUGCAUGGCUGCAAAGUGUUCUGGCUUCGAUUCCUUCAGAAGACCCUUAUUAUCACAUUACCAAGACAAUUGAAACCAGCCGUGUGCAUCUGUUUGAUAUUGUUACACAGUAUCGAGCAAUAUUUUCUGAUGAUGAUCCAAUAUUGUCAAUGGAAAAUGAAGAUAAUCCAAUUUAUAGUAACCUGUUCCACUGCUGGAUUGUGCAGAAGGUUCAGCAGUUUUUGAAAACUUUAGAGAAUGACCUAGAGCGUGGAGUUGGGUCUCGUCUUGACUCACUGCUGGGUCAGUGCAUGUACUUUGGACUGUCAUUCAGUCGAGUAGGAGCUGACUUCAGGGGACUGCUUCCUCCUCUCUUCCACACUGCUGCCCUUCGGUCGUUCAAUACAACAUUGCACAAUGCCACCGCCAGGUUUAACGAAGCCAUGAAGUCGUACUCACUCCAGCCAGUUCCUUCUACUGUCACAUCCACAAUGCUUUCCACAGCGACAGCAAAGCCCGAAGAGCUUUAUCCUCCAAUUGAAUUGCUGCAACAUCCUCCUCUGGCAACAUUCACUAACGACGUGCUCACAGCAUUCAACGGACUGAGGCACUGUGUCCCGCUGUCUUUGGUGUCAGCGGUUACCGAUAGUGUCCAGUCUGCACUCAAGGUUAUCAUACAAACUACAUGUACCUUUCAUAGAACAGAAGCAGCAGCCCUCAACGAAACAGAAAGAGCCACCCUGGCACAUUUUUGUCAAGUGUUAGGAAGACAGCUCCUACCAUACAUCAGCCGAUGUUUAGAAGCCUUGUUUCCGACCUCAGCCUUGAGGGGUUUGAAUUGUAGCAGUUCCCUUGAUGUUAGCAGCUUGCAGUUACUGUUGGAACCAAUCAUGCCACAAGAAACCGUACAGGAACAAGACAAUCCUCGUCAUGAUGCUGAGACUGAAACUGCUCAGCAAGAAAAAGAACCAGGAGACCUGGUACUGAGUGAAGAAGUUCCUCCCCAAGACGAAUCACGGAUAGAAGUAAAUGAGAAAAUUCCAGACAUUGAGCAGCCAGAUUUGACUUAAAACUACAUUGUAUAACGAGUAACGAAAUAACAUACGGAUAAGAGAUCCUUAGCUUAUCGAUAAAUCAAACUGUUAGAUAAAACUUGUGUAAAGAUGGCUUUAUUUACUACAUUCUGAAGGUCUGGGUCGAAUCCAAGGGCACCUGAGUCAGAGAUUGAACCGCGCCAGAUAUGCAAAGAUACUCCGACGGGAGAGAUUCGUGUACCUCGACCUCGUUCCCAGGGCUCCAAGAGAAAAGCCUUAGGAACGAAGUUGGAAAGGUACUUGAAAUUUGUAAGAGUUAUAUUUAAAUAAACCGAGUAAAAUAUACCAAACAGAGAAAA